AGGUCAGUAAAUAGUUUCGGGUAGGCUAAUUCUGGAAGUCAUUUAUCAGUUAUUUACUCGUCCAUGUAUAUAAUCAGUGACUAAGACUGUUGCAAGCUCCAUUUCCAUGCCGGCGUCACCUCAAAAUACAGAAUGGUUGAAUUGACGGAACAAACCAAAGAUGGAGCGGCGAAGGUUGUAUUUAUGAUCGUAGUUUUCAUCGCUGCAACAGCUACAAGAGGUGAUUGGUUGUUGUUUGUGGUGUACUUAAGCAAAUCCCGAUGGCAAACGUUGAUGAAUACUUCCAGUUUACACGAAGUGGUGAAUGCUACAGUGUCUUCUGGAGACGUGGGCUUACUUGAAACCUGGAACUUACAAAACCUUCCGCUAUUCCUAUUUCUAGCAGUGACGUCAUCAUUUGUGAUGUACUAUGGUAUUGCAUAUGGAUUUAUGUGGUACUUUUACAUCAAUCGACGUGACAAGGCCCACGAGUGGAAGUGCCAACCAAACAAGUUUUUGACUCCAGCGAACGAAAGACACGAGAUUCUGCUUGGAUCAGCCAACAUGCUGUUUGGUUCUUUGGUGUCUGGAAUAAUUGCCUGCUAUAUAUCAAAUGGAGGCUACAGCAAGAUGUACUACGGACUUUCAGACUACGGAUGGAGUUAUCUGCCCUUCUCUGCGUUUGCAAUGUUCCUAUACAACGACUGUCUAGCCUACUACCUCCACCGUCUGUUUCAUUACCCUUUCUUGUACAGACACAUCCACAAGGUUCACCACCGCUACCAUCAGCCUACAGCAUUCUCUGCCGUAGCCAUGCACCCGGCAGAGUUUGUACUUUACCAGGGAUACUUAGCCGCCAUUCCUUUCAUGGUGCCUAUCCACCCAGCUGUGUAUGUUCCCGUUUUAUUGUAUACGUAUUACUACGGCCUAAUGGAUCACUCAGGUGUCAAGAUGAAUGCGUUUUGGCCAUGGCAACCGCCAUCACAAUUCCAUGACAACCAUCACAAGUAUUUUCAUGUGAACUUCGGUUUCAACUCCUACCUGUUUGAUUGGCUACAUGACACACUGGACAGACCGGACAGAGAGUACGCAGAGGAUAUAUUCGGAGGUUUCGGGCGACCAAAAGCCACGAACAAAACAAAGGUUCAAUAGCUGAAGUCAUCAUAUCCAAUGCAAAUUUAGAUAUUAUAUUUAUUCCACUCUUUUGUUCUCUAAUGUACGUGCUAUUUAUUUCUUCAAAAUGUUUUUAUGACAUUCCACAGUCCUUGCCGUAUCAAAUUUUUUAACGAAACCUCAGGAGAUGUGAGUUUAUUCACUUCUAUUGUACAUGGGGUGUUGUUUUGCCAGUCACACUAUUUUACAUAAAGCUGUGAUAUUAUGUUAUACUGCUAUAACCAUUAAACUCCCUACAGUAUUAUCAUAUACUGCCUACUAUACCUAAUCACAUUAGGAUACAACUAAAAUUACCAUCUGAUGAUGAAAACCAUGAAAUCUAUGUCAUAUUAAUUGAUAUUCUAUUUAUUAUUGAUGUAAACUCACCUUGCUCAGUUAAUUGCCAACAACAUUAUAAAACGCAAGUGUGUGUUCAUAAAGACACGAGAAAAUUGAUCGUUUAUCAGGAACUUUGGUAAUUAUAGAAACAUUUCAAAUUGCAAACUUGAUAAAAAAUGCACUGCUUCCGCGUGAUUAUAUCAUGUGACAUCUAUCGUAAGCAAUAUGGCGUUAGAGUAUUUUUAAUAUUUAUUUUUUAUCUUGAUAUGUAAACGACAGUUGAAAAUACUGAUGUUAUCAAGGGUAUGCUUAAACGUUGAGAUUAUAGGUGUAUGUAUUCGUUUCAAUCAGUGAUGAUUAUGAUUUUGUGUAUGAGGAACGGAAUCUGGCUGAUUUGGCUGAUACGAUAUCAAGAUGUGUACAAUAGCACGAGUAAUGAUGUUUUGUCAUUAUGAAAAUAUUGUACAAUUCAUGAAGCGAAAUCAACCCAAGAUCGUGUAAUGAAAUACAGCGAAUUGCAUCGGCGAAUUUACUAUUGGGUGACAGUAUUUUGCUAAUUAAUAUUUAAAUGGUGUUGAUAUCGUUAUGAACUUUUAUUAUUUUACUAAUUAAUAUUUUAAUGGUGUUGAUAUUGUUUAUGAACUUCUGCCAAAAAGUACCUAUGUGCGUCAUACCUUUAAGCAAAAGCUAAUUUUUGUUAUUUCGUUCAGUAUUAAAAAUAUGUAAAAACAAGUCUGGAAUAACAUCAGACAGACUCUGGGAAAUUGUCUUCUGUGUUUGAAGACGAUAAACUGGUGCCAGUUCUAGAUAAUGAGAUUAGUAAUUAUAUAAAUGAUUAGAUAAUUUUACAUUAAUUAUAUAUCAUAAGAAUGGUAAUUAUUUAAAUGUUAAUAGGUUUUACAUUAAUUCUCAUUAUCUUUGCGAUUUAUUUUCACUUUAACAAUCCUUUUGAAACGAAAUUCACAGAUGAAAGGUUAAUAAACAUUUAUCACAUAUUCAAUUAUUGUGACAAAUAUGGAAGUAGACGUGAAAUGAUUAAUUUGAUGAGAAUUUUUUUUCUAAUUAGUAAAUUGUAGCAGUAUAGACUGAUUGGUGAACAUUUCAUGUACUAGUAAAUAUUGCGUUUUAUAAAUGUGAUGUUGAUGAUGUUGAUAUCAAUGCAAAUGAUGACUUCGUUGAAUACAGAUUUAUAUUGCACAAAAUAUAGCAAAUCAGGGUGACUUUAUGACUAAAGCUAGUAACACGAAUGCUUGCAAAGUUGAAUGACGAUGGUUUUCCUCCAAAUGAAAACAAUCUGACUAACUUUGUUUAUAUUUAGUCAUAAAGUGACAUGUUUAUGCUAAUUCUGUUAUCUUUUGUUGUGUUGUUUUUCUGGUUCAAUUUCAAUGAAAACAGUGUAAUUGAUACAACAACUUUAUACAACAUUGUAACAAUUAAGACAAAAGUUGACAAUGUCUUUUUCUUCUUAAAAAUAUAUGUCGUUUUAUAAACGUGAUGUUGAUGUUGAUAUCAAUGCAAAUGAUGACUUCGUUAAAUGUAGAUUUAUAUUGCACAAAAUAUAACAAAUCAGGGUGACUUUAUGACUAAAGCUAGUAACACGAAUGCUUGCAAAGUUGAAUGACGAUUGUUUUCCUCCAAAUGAAAACAAUCUGACUAACUUUGUUUAUAUUUAGUAAUAA